AUGUUGCCGGAUUGGACGCUGUACAUAUCAUCAAUCUCGGCUCUCACUCGAAAUUUGGAAGUGUCCACUGAAAGUCCUAGAAUCGUGCAUGAUGGCUCACAGUUCAACGGUUCAACUGGCUGCAGUGCUGGAAAAACCCCUGAGUUUUCAUUUUCUCGUACGUGGUAUUGUGCGGGUUCGAAUCUGCCUAAAAAUGAUGCUGGAAAUCCCAACGAGACGGAUAUGACUGUUUUAAAGCCCUUUUUCAUCCAAUACGACCUUGACAUGCAAUCCACACUGAUGAGUGAUCUUGCCACCGCAGUUUAA